AUGGGUCUCACAUUCUCCAAGCUCUUCGACAAGCUAUGGGGAAAGAAGGAGAUGCGUAUUCUCAUGGUCGGUCUCGACGCUGCCGGAAAGACCACGAUUCUCUACAAGCUCAAGUUGGGUGAAAUCGUCACCACCAUCCCAACCAUUGGUUUCAACGUCGAGACUGUCGAGUACAAGAACAUCCAGUUCACCGUGUGGGAUGUCGGCGGUCAAGACAAGAUCCGUCCUCUGUGGAGGCAUUACUUCCAAAACACCCAGGGUAUCAUCUUCGUCGUCGACAGCAACGAUCGCGACCGUGUUGUCGAGGCGCGCGAGGAGCUCCAGCGCAUGCUGAACGAGGACGAGCUCAGGGAUGCUCUUCUCCUUGUCUUUGCCAACAAGCAGGAUUUGCCUAACGCCAUGAACGCUGCUGAAAUCACCGACAAGCUUGGUCUCCACAGCCUCCGACAACGUGCCUGGUACAUCCAGUCGACUUGCGCCACGUCUGGUGACGGUCUGUACGAGGGUCUCGAGUGGUUGAGCAACUCCCUCCGCAAGGCCGGUCACCAGUAA